UAAUAGUUAUUUGACCCGUGACUUUUGAUGGAGUAAUAAAAGCCAACAAUUUGCAUUAUUGGGUCAGCCCACUUUUUGUUUCAAUAGAACACCAAAUCAAGCCCUUCUUCUUCACUGCAGUGUCGUUUUCCGCUAGGGUUUCAGUAGGUGUGUAUUGAAAAUGUCAAGAGUCUAUGUUGGAAAUCUGGACCCUAGGGUCAGUGAAAGAGAGCUUGAGGAUGAAUUCCGCAUCUUUGGAGUUAUAAGAAGUGUUUGGGUUGCAAGACGUCCCCCUGGCUACGCUUUUAUUGACUUCGAUGAUCGACGGGAUGCACAAGAUGCAAUCAAAGAGCUGGAUGGUAAGAAUGGAUGGAGAGUGGAGCUUUCACAUAAUUCUAGAGGAGGAGGUGGUGGGGGCCGUGGAGGGGGUCAAGGUCGAUCUGGAGGCUCUGAUUUGAAGUGCUACGAAUGUGGUGAAUCAGGUCAUUUUGCUCGUGAGUGCAGAACGCGUGGGGGUCCCGGAGCAGGAAGACAUAGAAGUCGGAGCCCUCCUAGAUACCGCAGGAGCCCAAGUUAUGGUCGUAGCAGGAGUUACAGUCCUCAUGGGCGUUCCCCUAGGCGCCGAAGCCCGUCACCACGUGGUCGCAGCUAUAGCCGUUCUCCAUAUCGCGGCCGAGAAGAAGCUCCAUAUGUUAAUGGAAAUGGACUUAAAGAGCGUCACAGAAGCCGAAGCUGAAUGAAAGAGAUGAUAGCCUGACAUGUCCUGGAGUUUUUCGAUUUGUGUUACUGUCCUUGACUUAAUCACAACUGUGUAAGUGAGGCCAUGCCCUCGGCUUAAACUGGUGGUUUUGGUUAAGUUUAACUUCUUGCUUUGGUAUAGUUAGUGUUGGUUUUAUUUUUGCUUAAUGUUACCUGUUUUAAGAACCUAAUAUCAUAAGGGUUUAUAUUUUGGAUUUUAUGGUAGUUGUUAUUUUUUAUGAAGAAAAUCACAAAGAAUGUUGCUAAAGAUUUAUGUUUUGUUUUCUUGUGCCGAGGUGUCUUCCUGGUACUGCUUCAUUGGUUUUCUGCUUCUACACUCUGUGGUUUCGUUCUUCACUGCCCUGCUGCGGGAUCUUCAAUUUUGAAGAUUGUGGAUCCCAGCUGGCUACAUUGCUAGAUGCUUCUGUUUCUUGAAUCUCUGUGGAUAUGACGCACCUCUCCUCAAAUUAUAGUGGUAUUUCUUUAAGUUCAUAUUAAGGAUGAGGAUUGGCAUGACACACGACUGGCAGGUACAAUCUGUUCCAAG